CAUAUAAAUAUAUAUAUAUUGUCAAUUAAGUAUCCGGAAUUGCUCUGCAGCAGGAAAUCUAUCAUUUACACAAGCCGGAGUUUCCUUGUUCGCACACCGACUAUUCGCAAUGGACGCAAAAGAGUUCUGCGAGUUCGGAAAGGCAACUCUCGAGUACAUCGCAGAUUACACGGAGAAUAUACGGGACAGAAAUGUCCUCCCGAGUGUUAAGCCAGGUUACCUGAACGAAUUACUCCCACGGGAAGCACCGCUCAAGGGGGAAUCGUGGCAAGAAGUCCUAAAAGACGUGGAGAGAGUCAUAAUGCCCGGAGUGACGCACUGGAACUCACCUCAUUUUCACGCCUACUUUCCGUCGGGCAAUUCUUAUCCAGCAAUCAUCGGGGAGAUCGUAAGUGCCGGUAUUGGUUGUAUCGGAUUUUCGUGGAUGUCAUCUCCCGCCUGCACUGAGCUUGAAGUUAUCACGAUGAACUGGCUUGGAAAGAUGCUAAAUUUGCCAGAGGAAUUCUUAAACUGUAGCGAAGGUCCGGGCGGAGGAGUCAUACAGGGUUCAGCUAGCGAGGCAACGCUUGUCUGCCUCUUAGCUGCAAAAGAGCGAGCGACCAGAAAGCUGAUGGAAGAGCAUCCAGAUUGGAACGAUGCUACCAUAAAGAGUAAACUGGUGGCUUACACUUCUGAUCAGUCAAACUCGUCAGUGGAGAAAGCAGGGAUACUUGGCUCGAUGACUAUGAGGCUCCUACCAUCUGACGAAAAAUGCCGUUUGAGAGGAUCAACGCUUCUCGAAGCGAUGCGGAAGGACGAGGAGGCUGGACUCGUUCCUUGCUACGUCGUCGCCACUCUGGGGACCACAGGGACUUGUGCAUACGAUUGUCUUGACGAGCUUGGACCCUUAUGUAACGAAAACAAUGUCUGGCUUCAUGUGGACGCUGCAUACGCCGGUACCGCCUUAGCCUGCCCUGAAUUGCGACACCUUAUGCCCGGAAUAAAAUUCGCCGAGUCGUUCAGCUUUAACCCUCACAAAUGGAUGCUAGUCAACUUUGAUUGUUCUGCACUAUGGGUGAAGAACUCCCGGUAUCUAAUCGAGGCCGCGAACGUCGAGAGAAUUUACCUCGCCCAUGCCCACGAGGAUACAGCACCGGAUUACAGACACUGGCAGAUUCCUCUGGGUCGCAGGUUCCGGUCCCUGAAGCUAUGGUUCGUCAUGAGGAUUUAUGGAGUCGAAGGGAUUCGGAACUACAUUCGUCGAUCGGUAAACCUGGCUCGUUACUUCGAGAAGCUCGUUCGAUGUGACAAUAGGUUUGAAAUAGUUGCGGAUACGACACUGGGACUCGUUUGCUUCAGAAUUAAGGGUGACAAUUCCAUGUCCAAGGAGCUGCUCGAGCGUUUGACAGCACGAAAGCAGAUCUACGUCAUACCAACAACAUACAUGGGGCAAACCGUCGUGCGUUUUGUAGUUUGUAGUCAGAAUUGUGAAGAGAGAGAUGUGGAGUUUGCUUGGAAUGAAAUUACAACGCAGACAGCCGAAAUUUUAAAAUCGCAAAUCGAAACGUCGGAAGUACUCGAGGAACAACUGAUAGAGACCUGCACAACGAUCACAGAUAAACACUCGGAUAGCUUAACGGACAAGCUACUAGAUCUUGAAAUUAUGAGGAACGCGAAAAAUCCGCAAACUAUUUCAUAAGAUUGCCAGAAAAACGUUACAUUGAACGACAUGUUGAUCCCAUUACAGAACAUUCAAUGGGAUUCUGGUU